AUGUCAGAAGAAAAUUUUACUUGUUCCUACGAUUCUAUUGCAUUUACACUCCCUUUCCCUCCACGUAUCAACAUCUUGGAAAUUGUUCAAAAAAGGCUCGAAAAAAAUCCUGACAAAAUUGGUUCAAAAGGUCCAAACUGCUGGCUCAUAUAUCGUGCUUACUAUGUUUUCGAGUACAAUAAAUUAGCUUCUAAGAAGUUAUCCAUGACUGAAUUAUCUCCACAUAUCGCCAAAGCUUGGGGAAAUGAAAGUGAUGAAGUAAAAAAAGAAUAUCAAAAAAUUGCCGCCAAAGUUGAGGAAGAACUGAUUAGGCAAAGAAAAGAAAAUCUUGUUUAUACCUUCUCCAAUAAGAGGCAUUCCCCUCCAACGAUAGAACCACCUGCACUUACUUAUUCAGAAACGCAGGCAGCUUGUUCUGAACCAACAAAAGAAAUACCCGAAGAGUUGAACUCGACGGACUUUGAUAUUUCUAGCUGGACUUUGAACCUUUUCAAUUAUGCAUCAGAAUCGCCCAACAACAACAGUAACAUAUUUACUUCGGGACAUACAAUGACUACCGAUGGAAAUUUGCCUUUUCAUCCUGAUUCGACUCCCCCCUAUCAUUAUCAACUCGUUAACAGCAACUUAUUCUUUAUUCCUCAAUAUGAUAAUUAUGAAUAUAACGUUAACAUGCCACCAACAUUAUUACCUGCUGAGUCAUAUUUUAUUCCUAUCCAAUCAAUUUAUUGCGUGGAUGGUUUAUAUGAAGAUAACUAUGUGUUCUAUGAUCCUUUAUUCUCUUAA